AACAAAACCAAUAGAUUCACACGUGGAAGCGGUGUGAAUAUAAAAAUUGCAAUCGUUCAAAAGUUCUCUAUUUUUUUGCUACAUUUUGUUCUUAUUGUGAUUAAAAUAUUAUUAAAGUUAAUUUGACCUUUUGGGUUGAACAUUUGAGAAAUUAAGAAUGUCUGCUGAAAACGAAAACAAACUCCAUGAAGAGGAGGAACAUGACGAGAAUUAUAAAGCUCCAGCUCAAAAAACCAUUGAGGAAAUAUUGGCUUUAGAUAAUGAGGAUGAAAGUCUUCGAAAAUAUAAGGAAGCCUUGCUUGGAUCUCAAGCUGAUAAAAUUAUAGUCGAUCCUAAUAAUCCAAAGAAUGUAAUAGUAAAGAAAUUGGCACUUGUUGUACAAGGACGCGAUGAUUUGGAACUAGACCUUUCUGGUGAUUUGACAAAAUUGCGACAGAAAUCGUUUAUAAUCAAAGAAGGUUGUCAAUACAAGAUUCGAAUAGAAUUUUUUGUUCAACGAGAAAUAGUUCAUGGAUUAAAGUAUGUUCAAAAGACUUCUCGUCUUGGAGUUACAGUUGAUAAAAUGACGCAUAUGGUCGGCUCUUAUCCUCCAAAAGACGAAAUUCAAUGCUAUGUCACGAACUUUGAGGAAGCUCCAAGUGGAUUAUUAUCUCGGGGAGAAUACAUUGUUUCUAGCCUGUUUACUGAUGAUGAUAAAACUGAACAUUUAAAAUGGGAAUGGAGUCUAAAAGUUGAAAAGGACUGGAAGGACAAAAAAUAAUUAUUUUGAAUUAUUUCAACCUAUUUAUGCAUCAAUAUAUGUAUAUUCGCUCCUAACAUUAUUGCUACUUUCAUUAAAAAAUUAUCCUGUUUUUAUCACUUAUUUUUUUCUUUACAUUAAAAAGAUUAACUAUGUUUGUGCCUCAUUAAAUUCUAACCCCAAUUUAUAAUUGAUGUGUAAUAAUUAAAGCUAGAAACAUCAAAACCCAUUUAUCUUUUCGUAUCGUAUAAAAUUUUAUGAAUCAUAUUUAAAACGAUUAAAUCCGUCAUUUAUACAUAUUAAAUAAAAAUAUAGUUUUAUAUAUUUUCUUUUUAUGCCAUAAACUUUUUAUAAAGGAAAAAUGUAUUUGUCAAGUAUUGAUAAUCUAAUUUUUUACGCAACAUGUUGGUUGGAUGAUAUAUUGUGCAUCGCAUAGAAUAUUGCUUAUUAAAAGAAAAUCAAAUGUUUAAAGUCAUUUCACUUCUAAAGAAUCAUGAAUAGGGCUUCAUACUACAUAGUAUCUUUUAUACUUCAACAUAUGAAAUAUUACAUGAGCAAUUUAAAAAUUAUAAAAAACAAAAUCAAUUCAAUAUGCGUUCUGCAGUAAUUCCCAAUGUAUUAUUUUUUAUAUUCCGGUAACGUAUGUAUUUCUUCAUGCAAAACAAACCUUAGCAAUACAUCGGUAUGCCUUAGACGUUUAGCUUAUCGACCAAUUGGACCACAAGAAAGUAAUCUAUUAAAAUCAUC